GUCCGCACUUGUUAGUAGCCCGCCAUGCUACCUCGGAAAAAUGAAGCUCUCUGAUCGUACAGUCAUUGAUUUCAAAGUAGCAAAGAUAUUCAGAGAGAAUACGGAUAGAAUAAAUAGUGUAGAUUUCGCUACUAAUGGCGAAACAAUAAUAACAAGCAGUGACGAUGAUUCUAUUGUCAUAUAUGAUUGCUUAAACGGAACACCUAAAAGGACCUUGAACAGCAAAAAAUAUGGAGUGGACUUGAUACGCUAUACCCAUGCAGUCAAUACAGCCUUGCACUGUUCAACCAAAAUCGAUGAUACCAUACGGUAUUUAUCGUUACAUGACAACAAAUACAUCAGGUAUUUCCCAGGGCACACAAAAAAAGUCGUGACAUUAAACAUGUCCCCCAUAGACGACACUUUUUUGUCUGGGUCCAUGGACAAGACAAUCCGUCUGUGGGAUCUGCGAUCGCAAAAUUGUCAGGGACUGAUGCAUUUAUCUGGGCGACCUGUGGCAGCAUUUGACCCAGAAGGAUUAAUUUUCGCAGCCGGAAUUAAUUCUGAAAGUGUGAAGUUGUAUGAUCUUCGCUCAUUUGACAAGGGCCCAUUCACAACCUUCAGGCUGCCACAAGACAAGGACUGUGAUUGGACACAGCUCAAAUUUAGCCCUGAUGGGAAGCUUAUUCUCAUCUCAACGAACGGAUCUGUACUCCGCUUAAUUGAUGCAUUUCAGGGGGCACCUCUUCAAAUAUAUGCAGGGAUCACCAACCAAAAGGGGGUGCCUUUAGAGGCCUCCUUCAGUCCAGACUCGCGCUACGUCUUCUGUGGUUCAACGGAUGGCAAGAUACAUUGUUGGAGCACAGAGACAGGCAAGAAGAUAGCCGAGCUACUGGGGGAUCAUCCGGGACCCAUCCAACAUGUUCAGUUCAACCCCAAAUACAUGAUGUUUGCCACAGCUUGUACAAAUAUGGCAUUCUGGUUACCAGUAACUGAUGACUGAGCGGUUCACCUGGAGUGUGGACAUACAUCCAAGUGUGUGUGAUAAAUGUUGUCAUGAGAUUUACUGUAGUGUAAAAGGCAGCUGUACUUCGGCCAUAAUCAUCCCCAGUUGCCCGACCAAUCAGAACACUAGGAUUGAUCCUACGCCGCGCUGGGGAACAAUCGGCUCGGGCAAACAAUCGGCUGUAGAACGGGAGACGCGGAUGUCCGCUACACAAAGACUGCACGCCAAGCUCAGGAUAUGCAUCAUUCACCCACACAGUACAUCUUACAUCCAUCAGAGUUCUCACCCUUUUGUUACCAUGGCCGAUGGCAGGACAGAAUCUCAACACACCCACAGUCAUAACCGUGAUCACCAUGUUUUAGUUACUGGAUGAAAAGGGACUGAUUCUUUUUCAAUCGCUGCUGUUACGAACCUGCCUUUUCAUUCCUCGUCUUGUUUAUUAGGUUACUUUAAGUGGAAUUCUUUCAAGCUGACAGGUGUAUUUUUGUUAUUUUAAUUCUUUGUGAGGGAUUUGAUCAACCCUACAGCAGGUGUGGAAUAGUCUGCAUCUUAAUCAGUCUAGUCUAGUCUAGUCUAGUGAAAAUAUCUUUGGGCUAGUAAGCUUUGCUAUAAAUGUCUGAUAUGAAUACAAUCUGUUGAAAUGAUGCCAGCAGACUUGUAAUUGUACAUGAAAUGGUUUUUGAUGCAGGCUGGGUAUUCGUUUAUUCAUAGGCUGUGCAGUGGUCGAAAAUAAGCAUAAAGAUCAAGGGGCCUCUGUCAAAGCCUAAUGUUAAAAGUUAAAUAUUCCAGGGGUCUCUGGAUUGAAAUACUUAGUUUCAAACACUGCUGUGAUGACCAUUGGUCCGAAAUGACCAACAGUGGUGGUCAGCUCUUUAUGAUCGAGAUGCUGUGGCCGGAGUUCGGGUUUUGAUCUGCCAUGGUUUCUGUGUACCCAAAGUUAACUGAACAUACUGAAAGAUGUUUCAAAUAGGUCUCUCUAGUCACAUGGGGAGCAAAUGACAUUUGUUUGUGAACAUGGAACUGCAUCAUUAUUUCCUGGGUUUGUAAACAAUGUGUUCCUCCAUCACCCACGAAUAUGUUGAACUGAUGUGCGGUGUAGUAGUGACCUGUGUCUACUUUCAGUAAGAGCUGAAAUGAGGCUAUUUAUAAUGCCCUGUUCUGUACAUGAAUUUUGUGUGAACCUUAACACUGUCUGACUUGCAGAGCAGGCAGACCCAAGGCUGUGAAACAUGUUGCACACAUCAAGGGAGAUUUAUUGCCAUUUGUGUGAUGUAAGCUAAGCCUGGCAUCCCCCUUCCUUGAAACAGUCAUCACGGCAUCCCUCUUGCUUGAACCUGGCAUCCCCCUUCCUUGAACCAGGCAUCACGGCAUCCCCCUUCCUUGAACCAGGCAUCACGGCAUCCCCCUUCCUUGAACCAGGCAUCACGACAUCCCUCUUGCUUGAUUCGUUGGUUUGAAAUAGCAGCCGUAUGUGUUCAUAUUUAUGGAGAAACAUAGUGUAUAUCAAACCCUUGAAGUGUUGAUGAUGAUGGAAAUAUGCUUCGCAGAAUAGGUGUCUAUUAACUCUAUACAUUGUAAUAUAUCCAUUUAAAGGGCUGAUCAUCCUUUCCAGGUAACAUUUGUCCUGUAAUAUUGAGAGAUGAGACCGUUGCAACAACUUGAAUUGUUUUCUUCAGCGUUAUGGCAUUUUACAUUUGCUAAUGCAAUUCAUUCUUAAACAUCUCUGAUUGAUACCAUAUGUUAUCCAUCACGUUCAUACUUAAGAUCAAAAUUUGACUUUGACCACGUUCCUUCAUCCGUUGUCACGGUUACAUUUCACAUUGAACAGGCAUGUUAGACUAUAAAUGAUUUAGUCAUUCCCGGGAAAAGUUUUGUUUUUUUUGUAUUCUUUCUAAUCUGGUGAAAAUGUGUAAUUAGGUUAGAUGUAACCAUGGUGACCCUUUCUAGUUUAUGUUUGCAUAUUUAGUUGAGUCGUGAUUGAAGGGGUGGGACCACAUUGGAAGUAAUUAAACAUAAGCAUUCAUUGAUCAUUCUGUGCAAUACAGUAAAUCAAGAAUAUUCUUCCUAUCUCACUUUGGUGAGUGCUGGCUGUGAUAUAACUGCAAAUCGUGCUGGGCAGCAGUUAACCAUGCUCACUACUAAGGUAGUGCCUCCCACUCACUUUAUCAUAAGGAACAGAUAUUGUUUUGCUCGGAAUAUUAAAAGAUAACAAAAUAAUGGUAUGAUACAUAAUGGUGAAUGCUUAUGUCUGAAUGCUGAUUUCCAAUUAAAAUUACCAAACUUUUCUCAUGGUUGCUUUUAUCAGUCAUUUUCUGAGCAGUAAUAGUGUUUGAUUUUGUCCAUUUAAAAAUCUGGUCUUGUGUUUGUCAUGGUUGUCCAGUUAUGGUUAUCCAAAAAGAGUUGUCUUUCUUUGCUGCGGCCAUGUUGUAACGCCUAAGAAAGUCCUGGUAACCAUGUCGAUUUGAAAGUAUGCUUCUUAUGAGGAACAUUUUUCCCUGACGUAGAGGCGAAGGUUACACUACAUUUUCUGGUGUGUGCAUCGAGGGAUGUAUUAUAGAUUGGGAUAGAUUGGCUCAAAGGAGUAAUCUGGGUUCUGGGGCUUUGCUAGGGCUGCAGCCAUACGCUUAGAUGUGAUGCGACAUAUGGAACCUCCAAUCUGGUAAUUCAGCUUUUCAGUCUGGUUGAAAUGAUUUCAGAUUUGUCCUGAUUUGUACUUGAUAUACUGAAUUCUAAUGGACAUCUUAUUUGCACUUCAGUAUUUUUGUUCAUUUAUGAUGUACAGUGAAGCCUUGUUAGUCGGUGCCCUCACUGGUUAACUCCUGUUUUUGGAUCUCAAUCUUCUUCUGGAUCACAGGAUACAGGAAGGAGGUGUGGCAGCCAGUUUUCAAGUGCCCUGACCUUGUCAUGACCUUGUCAUGAUCUUGUCAUGAUCAGAUGUGCAGGUGGCCCAGUUGUCUAAGGCACCAAAAUUGACUGUGCAGGGUUUGAAACCUGGUUUGCCCUGGUAAUGUUUCUAGGUUUGUCAGCACCAUAACUGUGUUUCACCAAAGUAGUAAAUGUCAUAAAUAUGUAAAACCUGCAGCACUUCGUUCUUUCCUCCCACAUCAAGCUGACAUGCCGUGAUAUGACUGGAAUAUUGUUCGAAGUGGCGUUAACCCCAACUCACUCUUGUUUUUUAUAGUCAGAACUUUUGUUGAUCCAGAUGAAAGCCUUGGAACAGUGCUGUCCAGAUUAACACGGUUUCACUGUAUUGGAAAAUGUCCAAGUGACCUGGGAAGUAAAUUCAUGGCUUCGAAACAUGGAGCAAAAUAUUUUUUGUUCAAAUAUCUUUACUUUUCAAUAUGUUCAGUGUCAACAUGUAGCUCCUGAAGCUGAGAUGUAAAUAAUUAGUUAAAACCACAUACACACACACAGUCACACACCACACACUCUGGGGAAUACAUUUUUAUUGGGCAAACAGAUACCCAUGCAAGAAAUCUGAUUGGUUCUUAUAGUUCCUCCAGACAGGCAGUGAGUGGUAUUCUAGUAUAGUGUAAUUUGACUUUUUUUUCUUUCAUUGAAGAUUAUAUUUUGUGUUCUACCUUAUUAUUGCAAUGUAAAUUCUGUAACAUGUUUGAUGAAAUUUUUAUCACAGUACUGUUGAUAUUUACAAAUAUUUUAACAUGGUGACAUUCUUUGCUCCGGAUUUCUGAAAUUUUAGAAUAGGAAAGUUUGAGGAUGGGUCCUUCAGCUUGGCUACGAUGGCAGGUUGGAAGGAUCUAGAAAAUGAUCUGUUCCAAUACACAUGUUUGAAAGUCCAUGAAUAUUGUCAUUGGUGGUAUGGGUUUGAGGAAGCUUGUGGUCUUAUUUGAAGCAUUCGAGGAAAGCCAGAAAUUAGUGUUAUAGAUUGUGUACAUGGUGUAUUGUUCAAAAUAAUUUAGAAUUGUUUCGAGUUUAUUUUUUUUUAUUUACUUGUCAUUUACAUGCUUUCAUUAUUCCAAAUGAGGCGUGUGAGGGACUACAUGAAUGUCUAAUGCCCACCUAUCAAUUGAGAAAGACGUUCCACCAUGCGUGUUUGGGGCAAUGGGGCUGUGAUUGCUUGGUGGACUAACUAUCUGUACUACACAGUAUUUCUGUAAACAGUCAAUCUAGAAUUCACAUUGAGACUGGACACUGGCACCUGACCCCUGACCCCCCAGUUGCCAUGGAAACAAGACUUUGAAUAGAUGCUGGCACCUAACGUUGAGUAUCCAGAUAUCAACUAGACAUUAACAAGAAUUCAUUUCAAGUCAUGAUUCUGAACAAAACUUAGUUCUAAUUGUUGGAUAGCAAUAUUGCAUCAAUUCCCACAUGCUCCAGGUUAUUUAUUCAGGGGGAGUAGACUAAGAUGGCAGAUGAACCUUGCUGCUGUAGACUUGAUUGGAGGAUGCUUACGGAUGAUUCUCUUAUUUGCAAUAUCCUGAGAUUGUACCGGUACUUAAUGAAUUCAUGUCAAUAUUAGUGGCUCACUUGUACUAAUCCUUAUGCAUUAGCAUAGACCAUUUCUCAAUAUCACGCUUGAUUAUCAUAUCACAGAUUGCUGAGGGAAAAAUCUACUUAAAGUAAUAUCAACGAUAUAAUCAGCAGCAGCAGCAACAUCAACAUAAACAUCAACAUCAACACUAUUCUUUGUAUGCUGAUUCUUUUUGACAUAUUCUACAUAGGCUAGGCAGGUCAGGUCAGGUCAGGUCAGGUCAGGUCAGGUCAGAGUUGGUUGCAGUAGGGGUCUUGUACUGGUGACUGGGGGUACUUGUGGCCCAGCAGCUCAUUGAAUCAGAUCUGUUACUCUGAUACGAUACACCUCUGCUGUGGACACCCCUGUCCCAAUUAUGUUUCUAGGUUUGUCAGCACCAUACCCAUGCUCGUGGGUUUCUCCGAAGUGGUAAACGUCUGAGACCUACAUCACCUCGGGCUUUCCUCGCACCUUAAGCUGACAUGCCGUGAUACAACUGCAAUACUGUUAAGAGCGGCAUUAAACCCAACUCACUCACUCAAAGGGAGGUGUCCUCAUGUAUUAACACAGAGAUAUUGUAUUGGAGUAGAAUAUCUGACUUGAGAUUGUUUAUCGGCAGAGUUGGUUCAGAUUCGACCUGACACUGUUCUUAGUUUGUCACCAUACCCGUGUUCAUUGGUAUCACCGAUGUGGUAGACAUCUAAGACCUGUUGUCACAUCGGGCAUUGCGUUUAUGUCCUGCAAAUGUUAAACCAAAUUCACUUUCUCUCACCUGGUUAUUUUAAUGAAAUACUGUUCAAGGCAGUGAUAAAUGCAACUUGUCAGCUUAAACGGAACAGGCAGUUUGGUAGCUCGGAUGUUCAGGUGUUUGCUUGUCAGGCCAAGGACCAAGUUUGAUUCCCCACAUGGGUACAGUGUGCAAACCCCUUUGUUGGUGUUCCAGGCAAUAUUUAUUGUUUUCGGCUAUUAUCCUCAGCAACUUUGGGAUAUUUAUUUUAUUGGUUGAAGAUCUAUUUUCUUGUCAAUUUACUUUGUGAAUCAUCUGGAAUUUGUGCAUUUUAAAAGAAAAAUACCUAAAUUUUAAUUUUACAUAUUUUUUCUACACUAUUGUUCUUGCUUCAAUCAUUUGUUAACAGUUUUGCUGUUGAUUUGUGUGAAUCAAGCUGCUGGGAACUAUUGUAACCUUUCCAGGACCACUCACAUAAGAUGAAUGUUUGUUAAUAUUCACAUUAGUUCAUAUAAAUUUGCUAGUUUGCCUUCAAGGAAUGUAAAAUACAACAAAGGCAUUUUAUGAAACGUUUUCCUAUUUUCAAAUGCCAGAUUAUAACAUAAUUGUAAGUAGUUGUAUGAGAUUAACAGGUAGAUAUGUGUCUCUUAUGUGUAGCUACCCUGUUGCAAACAGUAUAAAAUGACACUUUCUCAGUAUUUAUGUAAUGAUACGCAAUUGUUAAAACACCAUCUAAAAUCCGUUCAUAUUCUGUGAAUUUCCUAACCUUAAUUCAUAUGGUAUUAUUGAAAAACUCCAUUUUCCUAUUUGCCAGCCAUUGCUGUUGAUUCAUUGUUCACUUCACAGCUCAUUCAAUUGUUCUGUUAGUUUACAUAAUAUCAUCAAGUACAUGUGAUGCACUUCACUCAGUUUUGUAAAUAUUUGACUAACGUAGUUGUAAUGUGCACAGUGAGGCUGCAGGGGAUGCACGUCCGGGAUGCACCUCUGGGUUGCACGUCCGGGAUGCACGUCGGGGAUGCCACAAGUCACGAUACACGUCCACAAUCUGUCACUGCACACAGGGGUGAGGUUACAUGUACCCUUGAACCAGGCUUGAGAUGCAAUGUGGGAUACACCUAGCCCAGUUAGCUUAGUUAGUCAUAUUAAGCCCAGUUGUCCAUUUAUCCCGUUAAGACCUUGUUUUGAUGUCCAUAAGCUACCUUAUGCGUAACUGGGCAAGAUCUAUGAAGCUCAGGAGGCAAAGUCCAAUAGCCUUGUUAUAUCCAACUAGACAAUCCCACUUUACCCUGUGGGACCAGUACAUCCCACCAGCUUCACAAAGUCAAAGUCCUUUGGCCCACUAGAAAGACUAUUAGCUCUGAAGAGCUCACUGGGCCUAGUCCUUCAGCUAAAUGAUGCCCACUGGAUUAUCCGUUUGUGAAGCCCAGCUGACCUAGUCCUUUAGCUUUGUAAGGCUAAGCAGACCAAGACCCGUAAUAUUUUAACUCACUUUACAUAGUGAUUGUUUAUUGUGAAGCCCCCAUUUCACCUGACAUCACAAAAUUAUCAAGAUAUGCAGUAUAUGCAGAAUUGUAAGGAUGAAUGAGUUCGUCCCAAUCAGUUCGAAGUAAGUAGCCCAAUCUGAGGUUAGCAUCACUGGUUCCUAGGAUAUGAGGUUAGCGUCACCCCUGGCAAGUCUGUUUCUUCUUCCUCAUCAACUUCUGUUUUCUUCAUCAGCCCUUCAUUGACUGCUUAUAACUCUCAGCUUACAACUUUCUGCACUUUCUUCCUUUAAUCUCUUUGACUUGUGGCCAGGAAGAGUUGGAUGGUAGAAUGUGUAUCUUGACUUGUCACCUGUCGGCUUGUAUGGUACUGAGUUUGUAUCAAGGAUGUUUGGUCCUAGAGUUUGUGACUGGGAAUAGUCCAAGUGAAAUCAUGUUGAACUUAGGAACAGCUAGACUUGUUUAGAUGUUUUCACCCAGAGUGUCCUCAGUCUGGUAAUAUUUGUACUACUGAUUCCCAACUGAAACUGUAGUGAUUGUUCAUAUUGACAAUCUGAGUUUUUACACUUUUUCAGUUUUGUGUAUAAAUGUGUAUGUUGUGCAUUAAUAUGUGCUAUUUGUAUGUGCAAAAGUACACUAAAUCCAGUUCAGUUAUCUGA